GGGCCCAACUACGGUCGGUUUCCACUGCGCCUGUGCUUUGAAUGAAUUCCGCAAGGCCGGUCACCGGAAGCUGAGCUUCGCCUUCCGGGUCAGAGCCAUGGCGGUGGCAAAUUCAAGUCCAGUUAACCCAGUGGUCUUCUUUGAUGUCAGCAUUGGAGGCCAGGAAGUUGGUCGCAUGAAGAUCGAGCUGUUUGCAGACGUGGUGCCUAAGACGGCAGAGAACUUUAGGCAAUUCUGCACUGGAGAGUUCAGAAAAGAUGGUGUUCCUAUAGGAUACAAAGGAAGCACCUUCCAUAGGGUCAUAAAGGAUUUCAUGAUUCAGGGUGGAGAUUUUGUUAAUGGCGAUGGUACUGGAGUCGCCAGCAUUUACCGCGGUCCAUUUGCAGAUGAAAAUUUUAAACUUAGACACUCAGCUCCAGGCCUGCUUUCCAUGGCAAACAGUGGGCCGAGUACAAACGGCUGCCAGUUCUUCAUCACGUGUUCUAAGUGUGACUGGCUGGACGGAAAGCACGUGGUGUUUGGAAAAAUCAUUGACGGCCUUCUGGUGAUGAGAAAGAUCGAGAAUGUUCCCACAGGCCCUAACAAUAAGCCCAAACUGCCAGUGGUAAUCUCACAGUGUGGGGAAAUGUAAUCUCAACCAAGACUGAACCGGGUCCUCUGUGUUGGGUGACAUUCUCCCGAGAGUCUGACAAGCUGGACUGGCCUCUGUGUGUGCUUCUCUGCCUCCACAAUGUGGGAUCCAGGGCCUGGAAGUAUCACAGAUAGAACCAAGACCAUGUUUGAAUUUUGAACUGUAAAUAAAGGAUUUUUUUUUUAAUGCAUGGA